CGGGCGGCCGGGCCUGGCGUCGAGCGGGCCCGCGCUGUGCCUGGCCGCGCGGCGGAACCAGGCCGAGCAAGUGGCGGCGCUGCUGGAGGCCGGGGAGGACCCGGACGCGGCCGACGCGCAGGGCCGCCGGCCGCUGUGGUACGCGCUGCGACAUCUCAACGUCGGCGUGGUGCAGGCGCUGAUGAGGUACGGGGCCACCGCCGCCUCGGCCUGCAGCCGCGCGGGCGAGGACCCCGCCGAGGUCGUGCGCCGAAGUGUGCUCAGGAGCCCCGCCGGGCCGGGCCGGGCGCACGCCGAGCGGGAGCUGCUGGCGGCGCUGGGCGCCGACGGCGGGCGCCUGCCGCCGCUGCGGGCGGCGGAGGAGGAGCCGCACGCGGCCUGGGCGCGGGAGCGGGUGCUGGCCCGGGCGCGCGCUUUGCACGGGCGGGUGCUCGAGAUCGAC